CCCCCACCCCCACUCCGCCCCGUCCACAUGGCUGCCCGGGAGUCUAGGGCAGACUCCAGGGGGCUCUCUGGCUGCUGCAGCUCAUCUACUUUGAUGCUCCCCCUGUCCGUGUCUCCUCCAAGGAGGGAGGCACCGAGGGGCACAGAUGUGGGUGACACACCUCUUGAUCAUCUCAGUCAUCAGUGGAGAGGCCUCCAGCCUGCCCCUCCCCUGAGGAGCCAGCCUCUGUCCUGCUCUCUUCAGCCAGGGCCUGGCCCAUCCCCCUCUCUGGCAUCAUUACUUUCUCUUUCCCUUUGCAACAGUGUUGGGUCCUGCCCCACAGACCGGCGAGCGCUGCCAAGAGGGAGGGCCCGAGAGAAGCAGAAAAGAAACCCAAUGGAGAAGUUGGAUCCUGAGACCUUCUCCUUCCACUUCCUUAACAUGGAAUUUGUCUAUGGUCGGAACUGCUCCUACCUCUGCUACCAAGUGGAAGGAAGGUUGAGCGGCCCACCUGGCCUCUUUGAACAGGGGGUCGUUGUGAAUGAGGUCUGUGGUGACACUGGCGGCCACGCAGAACUCUGCUUCCUCCAUUGGUUCCGCGGCAGACUGUCCCCUCACGAGUAUUACCGUGUCACCUGGUUCAUAUCCUGGAGCCCCUGCUCCAACUGUGCCAGGGAUGUGGCCAAGUUCCUGAAGCGGCACAGGAACGUGGAGCUGAGCAUCCUCGCCGCCCGCCUCUACUAUUGCCGAGACCACGAGCAGGGCCUUCGGAGCCUGUGCAACAGUGGGGCCGAGCUGGCCAUCAUGGUCUUCAGGGAUUUCAGAUACUGCUGGGACAACUUUGUGUACCAUCAUGGAAGGCACUUCAUUCCUUGGGAAAACAUUGAUGCAAAUUCUGAUCUCCUGGCCAGAAAGCUUGAGGACCUUCUCAAGUGA